AUGGUGAAAGUUAUUAUUAAAGGUGGUGUUUGGAAGAAUACAGAGGAUGAGAUUCUUAAAGCUGCCGUAAUGAAAUAUGGCAAAAACCAAUGGUCUCGUAUUGCUUCAUUGCUUCAUAGAAAAUCUGCUAAACAAUGUAAGGCUCGUUGGGAAGAAUGGUUAGAUCCCAGAAUAAAAAAAACAGAAUGGUCGAGAGAAGAAGAUGAAAAGUUACUUCAUUUAGCUAAAAUUAUGCCAACCCAAUGGAGAACAAUUGCUCCAAUGGUUGGAAGGACAGCAGCACAAUGUUUAGAAAGGUAUGAUGAAUUAUUAGAUGAAGCUCAACGUAAAGCAGAAGGUAUAGAAGAUGACCUGGAGACAAAAAAUGCUAAAAAAUUAAAGGCUGGUGAAAUUGAUCCAGCUCCAGAAAGUAGACCAGCAAGACCAGAUCCUAUUGAUAUGGAUGAAGAUGAAUUAGAGAUGCUUUCUGAAGCAAGAGCUAGAUUAGCAAAUACUAAAGGUAAAAAAGCAAAAAGAAAGGCAAGAGAAAAACAACUUUCUGAGGCUAGGCGUCUUUCUGCUCUUCAAAGGAAAAGAGAAUUACGUGCUGCUGGUAUUGAUGUUGGUGAUCCAAACUAUAAAGCUAAAAAGAAAGGUGAUUACAUUGAUUAUAAUUCAGCUAUUCCUUUUGAAAUACCAAUUCCGGCAGGAUUUUAUGAUUCAAAUGAAGAUACUUUUAAUAAAUCUGAAUGUGUUAAUAAAUAUUCAUCUCAAGAACCGAUACCAGAUGAAAAUAAGUUAAGACGUGAAGAUAAAAAGAAAAUACAGAAAAGGAAACAAGAUGAAAUUCCAGAGACAAUAUUUAAAAGACCUGAUGAAAUUAAAAGAAGUAGACUUACAUUACCAACACCACAAGUAACUGAUAAAGAGAUAGAAGAAAUUGUAAAACUUGGAAAAAUUAAUCAGCUAGCAAAAGGCAUGAUUGAUGAUAGUGCAUCAAGUACUUUAUUACAUGAUUAUGAGGAAUCAACUCGUGUAUCUUUUAAUACACGUUCUGUAAGAACUCCGGCAAUUCAUGAUGAUCAUAUAUCGAAAGAGGUUGAAACUAUUAUUGCUCUACAAAAUACUGAAAGUACUCUUAAAGGUGGUAUAAAUACACCCUUAAAUGAUUUAAAUCUAAAGACUGCUCUCCCAGAACAUCAAAUUCCAGCUACACCUAAUGUAAUUUUACAAACUUUAGCAGGGACACCACUUCAUAAUAAUGGUAAUGGAACUAUUAGGGGUACCCAAACUCCUGCCGGAUUUACACCAGGUCCAACACCAUAUAGAGAUCAAUUAAAUCUUAACAAAGACGGUGACAAUUUUGAAGGUGGUGAUUUUGAUUGGAAAGCCGCAAUUGCGUCACUUCCUAAACCAAAAAAUGAAUUUGAAAUUGUCCUUCCAGAUGAAGAUGUAGAGGAUGAGGAUGAAAAAGUUAUAGAAAAUACUACUGCCGAAGAGGAUGAAGAGGUUAUAAAUGAAAGAAGAAGAAAAUUAAUUGAAAAAAAAGAAAAAGAAUUAAUGAAAAGGAGGUCUACUGUCUUUCAGAGGGAACUUGUUAAACCAACAAAAAUUAAUAAUGUAUUAUUUAAAAAAUCAUUUGAUCGUAGUGAAUAUGGAAAAGCAAUGAAAUUAGUUUUAAAAGAAAUGAAAAAUCUUGUUGAAUGGGAUGUAACAAAUCAUCCAAGUGAUGAUAUUGAUACUUCUAUAACACCAGAAAUGAUUGAGGAAGCAAAAAAACUUAUUGAUGAUGAGAUUGUUGAAAAACCAGAAUAUGAUAGUGAGAUGGCUUCAGCAAUGGAUUUAUGUUUUAAUGAACUUAUCCAACAUGAUGGUAAAUUAACUAGAAUUGGAAAUUUAAAUCGUAAAGAUCAAAUUGAUUGUAUGGUUAGAGAACUCGAUGUUCUUGAUGGAUGGCUCAAAAAAUUAGGUGGUUCAGUUUCAAAAAUGGAUAAAAAACUUCAAGUUAAAAUGACAGGAUAUUUUAAAGUAGCCGAAAAGCUAAAAAGCAAGAUAGAUGAAAAAAGAAACGAAAGAGAGAAUGUUCAGUUACAAAUUGAUGCUUUUUCAAGACUUUACCAACAUGAAUUAAUGAGUAUUGAGAGGAGAAUAGGGAAAUUACAAAAUGAAGUUAACCGUCUCCAGGAACGUGAAAAUGAAUUACAGAAGGAGUAUGGUAUUUUAUCAGCUCAACUUUAA